AUGGUUACUUGUUUAAUUGGCGUGAAGGUAUGCCUUAUAUAAUGGUCUUUGCUGGAUAAUCGAUUGGACGUGCUUUUAAUCUAGUAUGCCUAAUUACUUUCAUUAAAUAGAAAGCGUCCAAUCUUGGAACAGGCAAGCCAAAACGAGGACCUGAAAAGAUACGAAGCACGACAAAAGAAGCUGAUUCCUUAACUUGUGUCGUGGGAAUCUUUUCAAGAGCGUUGCUUUUAGUAUCGUUGGUAAGUAAACAAUCGUUGGCGGCCAUCAUUGGUGACCCUUUGUUUGACUACUUAUAGUUGUAUGUAUGUAUCAACUUUAUUAAAAGAGGGUAACGCAAAACAGUAAACUGAUAAACCCGCGGCCCUCAUUAUGACACAGUUAACAAUUUCAAUUAAAAAUGUACAUAGAAUAAUCCGAAAAUUACAAUUAAAAAUACAACAGUAAAAAGUGCAAUAAAAAGUUGUGAAUAGGAAGUUAUCAAACAAUAAAAAUACACCAAAGAAAACUGAGAAGAUACAUAAAAGUCAGUUAAGGCCUUUUUAAAACUAUGCACACAUUCAACACGUUUUACUUCAUAUUAUAAAGGCCGAAAGUCAGAUUUUUAGACCUAAAUGAAAUACGCGAAUGUAAAAUGUCCUGACUGUGCACUUUUAUGCAUAUGCAUGACUUACCACAAUGGAUUUUAAAAAAUGUCUCGUGAUCACACAGAAGUUAAGGGUCACCGGAUUAUAACUUAUGGACAUUUGAUCGAAUUACGGGAAAAAAAGUCAAAACAAAACCAAAAAAAAACUAUGUCAUUUCGUGUUUUGGUUUGAUUAAUUAAUUUGUGAGAAGUAUGAAACGGUAAUAAAUCUUUGGACAUGACGGGGACAUACUCCUUCAAUGCUAAGGAAAAGCGACAGGGCUGUCUUAUAAUUUAUAUACCAUUAGGCUUCAAAUCAAGAAAAUAAGAUGAUUGUUUGUUAGUGGUAAUAAUUCUAAUUUUCAUGGAUGUCUCCAGUUAGUGACUUCAAAAAAGAAAUUCGAGAACCUUGCAGAAAAGAAAAAAAAGGAUGGACAAACUUAAGAUUAAAAGUUAUUAAAGUUGCAGAACUCUCGAGUCGUAAGUCGUUUAUUACUAAUGACCCUUGUCUAAAAUAAAUGGCUGUCCAUUUUUUAAGUUAUUUUUUAUUGUUCUAAUUCCUCUUAGCUCCAGAUACAGACGAGUGGUUGUUAUGGUUGCGGUGGAGACCAAGUCACGUGGAGAAGGGACAAUGCGGCACUGAAUGACACAUGUCUGCCGUGUAUCGACUGCCCAGAUGGAAUGGAGCCCUCUAUCCGGUGCGGAGGGGUUGCGAAAUAUGGAACAGACCUACACUGUGUGGCGUGCAAAGAGGGAAUGUACUCUGAUACCUAUGGUAAAGAUCAGUGUAGGCCAUGUUCUUUGUGUUCAGAAGGGAGGUCAGUUAAACGUAACUGUUCAGUAUCACAAAAUAGACUGUGUGGCUCGUGUAACUAUGGUUACUACAUGAAUGAUGUUGUCUCCAGCUGCCUACCUUGUUCCAUCUGCUGUUGGGAUGGUAAAGACCAAUUAGAGAGUCAGUGCAUUGACCAGGGAUUACCAAGCCACCGGCACUGCAAACCGAGACACAAGGACGGCUGUGAGCUAUGGACAACUGCAGCACUGACGAAAGAAGGCACAAAUACUCGGGGCAGGAUUGUAAUCACCAGUCCAACUACAAUGAAGAGAACAAUUUACCCAAGAAAAACGAGCAAGUUGAAAAUUUCAUCCACAGUACAACACAAUAGCACACAAAUACAAGUAAAUAAAAGUACUGUACCUUUCCAGUCCCUCUCAACUGAAACGAGACAGCCAGCAGUAGAAGUAACCAAGGGUAAGCCAACGCCCACAACACCGCUGAACCGACACCCGAGGAGAAAGAACCGAAAAAGCACUGCAUCUACCACGAGGGUAGUCUCUCAUGGUAAAACUAAAGGAUCUGUGUCAGAGAGUAGCGAAAACAAGAGGAGAAUUAUCAUAGCCGUUGUUGUCAGUAUGGUGGUUCUAAUCCUCUUGGCUGUCAUUAUCAAAAGGAACACUGUUGGAAACUACUUGAGAUGGAUGAAGUGUCGUCCAGUUUGCAAAUCUCGCGAUUCCGAGCUCGGUGAAGGCACUGAGAGUACCAGUUUAGGGGAGAUAAAUGGAGUUCAGGGAGGUCAGUGCAAUUUUCCUUAUGUUAUUUCUUCCAUCGUUUCUUUCUAAAGCAUCGCUGGUUUGCACGUGACGUCACGGCAGCCAUGUUUGAUGACAAAAACAAAAGCAUUUCUCUCCUCUGGGAACUUAACUCUAUUUUCGUGCAAAAAAAACUCUAUUGCUUAAUCACCCAACAUGGCGGCCUUGUUAUGUGGUUGCAAACGAAGAAUUAAAGCGUAUGGAUCACUGUAUGUAAACAAAUGCUUUUUGCUGGUAGCCAUUCACGUGGUACACUCACAUAAUAUAAAAUGGUAAUUUCCUUUGUUUGUCUUGUCCCAUUGUGUCUUUUGCGCUCCAUCAUGGCGGUUUUGUACCACGUGAGUGACUAGCUCCAAUGGGCCAAUUGAGUUGGUUAGGAAAUACAACGACUGAACAAAAUAUGAUGCAAAUACUCAGCUGAAUACCGUAUGUCGAGACAAAGGCUGUAUCUAAAGCCGGCCGCAGAAAAGAACGGUAUCCAGAGAUCUACAAAAUUAUGUAGUUAAUGUUUUUUGACAUUUAAACUGCAAAGGACCCCAAACGAAUAUGCCGCAAAACGUAGGAUCUAUAAAAGACCUGACCAGCACGUUGUACGAUCGGCUUUGCCGAAUUCAGUGUUAAUAGUUUUCACCGACUUAACACUCCCUCGGAAGCAUUUGAAAGUUUUUGUAGCAGAUGGCCAAAUUACGCGAGCACUAGAACUGUACCAGUUUCAGCAUAAAAAAAUACGUGGUUUCGUUUUCAAGGAUUUAAUCAUUAUUCUUCUAUAUUUCUCACAGUUCUGUGUACUUUGAAUGCACUAAAAUCCCGUUCAUUAGACGCUUACGAAAAGGUCUGGAAGCGACUGGACAAACAGCCUAAAGGAACAAAAAAAGGCGACUUUAAAACUGUAGCUGAAGCGUUCGGGUUUAAACAGGAAGAUAUCUGGGAACUAGAAAAGGAGUUACAGACAUCUGGAUCGGGAAGUCCUUCAAGACAGCUGCUAGAGGUCCUGGAAACUAGACUACCCAAUUUAACUGUAUUUGAAUUUAUUAUAGUAAUGAAGAAGCGAAACAUUGAUAGGCAAGAUAUCGUUGACAUCCUAAAAGAUUACCUUUAUAAAUGA